AUGACAAAACACUGGGGGAGCAGCAACCUCCUGCAUGGGCAACCUACCCUCGCCUACCUGCCCUCACCCUGCUACAGCCCCAGAACCGUCUCUGAACUUCAACUUGAGUGGCCACCACCUCCCCAGCACCACCACAACUCCAGCUCGGCGCACGUUGACUACUUCAGAGCAGCCGUCGCGGCCAGGCACAGUUUGGGGCUGAAUUCCCCUCCAGCGUGGGCUGCUUACGGUAGCCCCUGGCCGGCGGAUCUCCGGCCAGCGAAAGCAGCGGCAGCUGGAUCUAUCAUAGAGAAGAUAAUGCAGCUGGAACCCAACGCCAGUAUGACCGCCCCAGUACUUCUGAACAAGUGCGUACCCGCGAAAGAGAUGCGUAAUAACGGGUACGAGACAAAUGGAGAUACCACAGAACAGAACAAGAAAUGGGUAGAGGACAAAAGCGCAAAAAACGGAAAAAAGAAAAACUACCAGCGCUACCCCAAACCUCCGUACUCCUACCUAGCCAUGAUAGCCAUGGUCAUCCAGAAUUCCCAGGAGAAAAAGCUGACCUUGUCCCAGAUCCUGAAGGAGAUCAGCACCCUCUUCCCGUUCUUCAAGGGGAAUUACAAGGGCUGGCGGGACUCUGUGCGGCACAACCUCUCCUCCUACGACUGCUUCGUCAAGGUCCUGAAGGAUCCAGGCAAGCCCCAGGGAAAAGGAAACUUCUGGGCGGUGGAUGUGUCGCGUGUCCCCUUGGAUCUGCUAAAGCGACAAAACACAGCAGUGUCACGACAGGAGGAGACAGUCUUCGCGCAGGACCUGGCACCCUACAUCCUGCACGGGCGGCCCUGUGGACAGGACCAGCUCCAGCUCGGGGACUCCACUCCCCCCAGCGAGCCGGCCCCCGCCACCCGCCACAUCUCCGAAGACCCGUACCGCCCCAAACUGGACUCGUCCUUCGCCAUCGACUCCCUGCUCCACAGCUUCAAGCCCAGUGCUGGAGAGAAGCUGGGUGAACACUGCAAGCAGGGGGAACAGAGACUCCCGGGGCAGGGGGGCUGGGAGCCGAGACCCUUCUUCCACGACUCGGAGCCCUUCCCCCGCCUCUGUUACUCCUCAUGGAGCACUUCCGGCAGCUCGGUCAGCCCUGCUUCCUCCUCCUCUUCCUCAGACGACUCUAGCUGGAGGAGCGGGCUGGUGGCACACAAGCGCCCCAGGCCGCUGCCCGUGGGAGGAGAGGGGUCCGAUUCGGAUAGCUACGAGGACUGCCCCACACCUCUGAAGUCAGCUAAGAGGACCUCUGCCCCAUGGGAGCUGCCUACAUCAUACACCAAAUACGCGCCUCCUAAUGCAGUGGCUCCUCCCAGCAUGCGCUUCCCCAGCAACCCCUUUGUGCAGCUGGGGGGCCUGCCCUUCUACAACUACCGGCCCUCUCCUGCUGCAGCCUACGUGGGCCCUGCCUACUGGUCCUUCCUGCCCCGACCUGGUGUUCCUCUGCAGGCCUACCACCACCGGCAGCCCCCUGCCCUUAUGGAUCUAGACAACCUGCUCCAGUCUGUGCCCCCCAACAAGAGCGUGUUUGACGCACUGGUGCCUGAGAUGCCCGCCCUUCCUCCAGGGCAGUACGCAGUCCAGAACUCUGGGGGUAUUGGGCGGUACCCCCCUUACUGAGUGAAUGCUGUGUGGGACGAUGGUUUUAAACGUGUAUAUAUCGGUUUUACAGGGUUUGGGGAAGCUUGAUCUUGCUGGACGGAAGAAAGAGGCUCCAUAUUUGGACACUGGAAGCAGGGUAGUACUUUUUAAAUACGAUCGUAUCCCUCCCCCACCUCUCCACACGGGUUGCUCAUUCACAAUGAAUUACUGAAGAGCUCCCAAACCCGCAGGGUAUUUGUAUACAGCAGUGGGAAAGUUUUUUAGCAGCUAUGCUGACUGUCCAGGGGAGAGUAAAUAUGUGUUCAGGGUCUCCUCUGCGAUGAAUUAUUGAAGAGCCCCUCUUUCCCCGGUGAUUGUAAAGAGAUCCUGCUGGAAGUAGAGUCCCAAAUAGGAGCUGAGAUCGCUAGUAAAGAGCUAGAACAGUUUGCCAGUGUUGGCAUGUUCUUUUGCACUUUCUCAAAACUGGUUUAUCCUCCCGUCCCCGCUUUUCGAAUGGGUGCCCAGUAUGUUUAGGGUUGUUGAUGCUGGACUGAGAAUGCAUGAUGCUUCCAUUUAGAUUCAUUAUUGUGGUCUACAUGCAAAAGCCAUAAAACCUCUUGAGUUAAGUUUCUCCUUUUAGCAGUUUUUACAAAGUAGUGUUUCUUGAGUCUAAGGGUGUUACAGAAAGCAACUUGGCACAAAUAAAUCUUUACCUUUUUAUAUCCUUCAGGUGUUUAUUGCAUCUGGCUCCUGACAUCUGUUGAGUUAAGAGGCUGAAGAGGAAGCUUAGUUGUCAG